AUGAACGUCAGACGGGGGAAGUUGUUAGGCUAUGUCAAGGGGCGUGUCAUGGCGGCUAGCCUGACGACAUGGAUACUGCUGGUGUUCGCUGAGCACGCCAUGGCAACCUGGACCUUCAGCCCGUCCUGCUACCGUGUGCAGGACGUGGAGGCCGACUGGGUGACGUCAUGGCUGAAGUGUCAGGAGCUCGGCGCACACCUGGCCAUAGAGAGCGACACGGGCGAACACACAGCCAUCUCUCAGUACCUGCAAACACUGGGGAGGACCGACGACUACUGGAUCGGCGGGAGGAAGACGCUGGACACGGCACCGCUCAUACACUCGUCAUUCCAGUGGGUCACAGAGUUCAGAGGUACACAGAACAAGUGUCCUCCGCAGAGCAGCUCUGACCGGGUGAACUGUACGGAGAUGGGGGUGGGGCUGACGUGUCAGGUGCUGGGCUGCUGCUGGGACAACACCACCACUACACCCGGGGUACCCGCCUGCUACUUCCCCACUACCCGUGGCGCGUUGGACAGCGGUAACUGGCUGGCCGGAGAGCCGAACAACACCCCCAGUCCGGAGAUGUGUGUAGAGGAGAAGUACUCCGCUGGGGGGCACAGCUGGAACGAUAAGAACUGCCUCCUUCAGACCAGGAGCCUUUGCGAGACCUUCCUGACCUGUGUCCACCCCCUGACGGAUCAGAGGGUGCCUUGUGGGUACACCAUAACCCGCACCUGUCCCCCAGGCACGGCCACCACCUCACCAACUCUCGUGUGUGAGAGCAGCGCCACUAGCGGUUCCUUUGCGCAGACCAUGGGGUGGAAUGGCACCUACGACCCCUGCACAGAUAUAGACGAGUGCCUUGAGGGAUCCCAUAACUGCCACCCAAACGCCUCCUGUUCCAACAGCCCCUUUCCCUUCAGCUGCGCCUGUAAGCAGGGGUUUAUCGGGGACGGCUGGACUUGUGCUCCUUAUGCGACUCAACCGAAUCCGGGUUCUUCAGUUCCUGGGGUCUCCCCAAAUCCGGGAUCUUUAGUCCCGGGGGUGUCACAGAAUUCGGGCUCUUUAGUCCCAGGGGUCUCCCCGAAUCCGGGCUCUUUAGUCCCGGGGGUCUCCCCGAAUCCGGGCUCUUUAGUCCCGGGGGUCUCCCCGAAUCCGGGCUCUUCAGGUCCGGGGGUCUCCCCGAAUCCGGGCUCUUUAGUCCCAGACGUCUCACAGAAUCCGGGCUCAGGGGGCUCACAAAAUCCGGGGUCCCCCGGAGGAGUCAGUGCCUCGUCACAUCCGGGCAUCUCGUCUGGUGGCGGGUCACAACACCCAAGCUCUGCCGGAGCCGGCGUGUCGCCACAGCCGGGCCCGGGGUCUGGUCCUUCACAAGGCCCGGGGUCUGCCGUCUCACAGGCCGACAGUUCUACUGGUUCUAAUGACGCCACAGCAGCAAAACCAGGUACCGGGAACUGCGGUCCCUGUGACUGGGCGGGAGGACGGCUGUCAGGAGCCAUGGUGGUCGUCAUGAACAACAUCGGAGGAACUUCUGACAACCUGGCGGUUGUCGCUAUAACCCUGGUGGUGUGCCUGCUUCUCUUCCUUCUGGGAUGCCUGCUGGCGUAUCUUAUCAGAAAACGAAGAAACAUGAAAUCAGUUGAACUAGCCCCGCCGGAGUACCACAACGUGAGACAGACGAAGGCAGAGGUCCCGACGGAAACUGGCUCCUUCACAACGGAGACGACCAUUGGCGAGAAAAGAUCCGUCACUCCGGCGUGGAGCCCCAUCUCCAUGUACAGGGGGAAGUCUUCCCGUGUCUGGUGAUGCACACAGAUUACCCAGGGGGCUUUGCACCUGGGUUACUCCAUUUCCGGUCGUACACCCGGGCCAUCAUGGGAAGCUUGACGACCGGAGCACGCUAUGUUAGUUAUACAAUAGAGCUUUAUUAUGAUCCAACAGGAUGAUUUCAUAUUUCUUGCAGUCUCAUAAAGUGAGUGCGUAGUAAAAAAAAAUGGAUGCAACAGUAUGAUCCAACUCCAUAUAAUGAAAACUACCGUGUCGUUUUGCAGGAACAACCAUAAAAUGUUGCACUAGCUUUAGCUAACUUACAAUGAAAAGACACUUCGUCACUGUACACAAAACUAUAUGUUGCUUUGUUGUUCCUACUGAGAGGAAAUAUGUGCUUUAAAAUCGGCCUUGGAUCAAUAAAAGUCAAUGACGUUGGUUGAUUUCCCAUUCAUAUGAACUUUACU